CAGACUCAGACAACGAGGAAACAGCACAACACGUAGACGCGACGCGGUCAACACAUUACUUCCUGACCACCAUGAAGCCCAUAUACCAGAGACUGAAUCUAUUUAUUGACGGGCAGGAUGCCUACACCUUUGUCCCCGUGGAACCCAUUGGAGCGCAGUCUCUCACCAUUCACAGGGCAACUGGUGAUAUAGUACUCAAUGCCCCGAACACACCUGUCCCUUUUACCGCCUCGAGAUACGUCAAGACAAUAUACGGGAUCUUAGGGAUGAUUUCACUGGCUCUUUCGGAGUAUGUGAUUGUAAUGACAGGUCGUGAACACCGUGCACGCCUCAUGGGUCACGACAUAUACCGCGCGGCUGACUUUGACAUCCUGCCUCUAAAUCCAAAUGUCUCUGUCCAGAAUCCGGCGCACCCCGUAGAGGGACACUUGUUGGGAUUAGUUCGGUCGCAUCUCCUCGGUGGACACUUCUUAUUCAGCUACGGCUGGGACUUGUCGAGGAGACUCCAAGUACAAUGGCAAGACCGGGACAACGAAGAGAGAAAGGCCUUAUGGGAGGUGACUGACGACAGGUUUUUCUGGAACAAAUUUUUGCAGUCUAGACUCACAGACACAGACAUCGCACAUGAUCUCAGUCCUUACAUUCUCCCAAUUAUCUAUGGCACGUUCGACAUGCGCACUGUAUAUAUCCAUGGACACCGCAUUCAGCUUUGCCUCAUCAGUCGACGGUCGCGCUAUCGCGCAGGCACAAGGUACUUCCGUCGUGGCAUCGACCAUGAAGGCCACGUUGCCAACUUUAACGAGACCGAGCAAAUUCUCCUAAUCGACGAGAAAGCUGCGGGGCGCUUGUCACUUGCGGAGAAUCUAACGCAUAAACUGAGCUUUACUCAGAUUAGAGGCAGCGUGCCGGUCUUCUGGGCCGAGGUCAACACUCUCAGAUAUAGGCCUGAUUUGCAGGUCAUGGAUCUUCAGGAGACGGUUGACAUGAUCAAGCUCCACCUUCGGGAGCAAGUUUCACAAUAUGGCAGUCAGAGUCUCGUCAACCUAGUGAAUCAAAAGGGUUACGAGCAACCGGUAAAGGAUGCCUACGAACACGCCAUUUCCCAAGUUGAAAUCCCAGAAGUGAAGUAUCAAUACUUCGACUUCCACAACGAGUGUAAACACAUGCGAUGGGAUCGUAUCAGUGUUCUCAUCGAGAAGAUGCAGGAGGACCUCGUUCAGCAAGGAUACUUCCACCUCGACACGGCCCAGGAUAAGGCCGUGCAAAUCCAGACAGGCGUGAUGAGGACAAAUUGUAUGGAUAAUCUGGAUCGGACGAACAUAGUUCAAUCAUCUCUGGCAAAAUGGAUGCUUAAUCAACAAUUGAAAGCCACUGGCGUGCUGUCAGAUAAUGAGGAACUGGACGACUUUGAAGCAUUGAUCAGAGGUUUCCGCGAGAUGUGGGCCGAUCAUGCGGACUUAAUCUCGAAGGCAUAUGCAGGCUCUGGGGCACUCAAGACAGAUUUCACUCGUACAAAUAAGCGUACGACUAUAGGUAUUCUUCAAGAUGGAUACAAGAGCGUCAUGCGAUACAUCAAGAACAAUCAUUUCGACGGCGCUAGACAAGAUGGAUUUGACCUUGUUACUGGAGCUUGGACUCCUCAGAAGAAUCCAGUCACAGCUGUAUCCUUGAUAGCUGACACGCGACCAUUAAUUAUCCGAUCAAUUCCUUACAUAUUGUCGUUCGCGCUUUUCAUGAUCUGCGCCGGACUUACUCUGCCAAGGACAUCAGACUACUCGCUAUUGUAUUACUUCAUGCUGUGGUUCGUGAUCGCUUCAUUGGCUGUCAUGUUCAUGAUGGUGCAUGGCAUUGAGUAUGUCUCGUGGCCCCGGCUUAUCCCCCCUACGGAUAUCAUCAACUAUGAAGGACCAGGAUUUCGCUCAGCUCACAACGGGAAGGGUCUCACUGGUCCUCUAGCUCAGAAGCUGGAUCUUUCUGGUCAAUCGGAUGGCUUUGGGGCCAAGCUACUCUUAAACGGGCGUAAGAGAGCUUUGACGGUCAGUGGGAUGGAAGAGGGGACGAAGAAGAGAGUAGAUUGAGGCCCGUUACUGAGUUAUCACCACUUGUGAUUCAGGCUGAAAUUAUAUAUUUCCCCUUCUUCAUGCACAUUGCACACGUCCUCACCUCUUUCGAGGAAACUUCACGAUUUUAAUUGGCUGAUGGCCUCGAUCAUGUUGCCUGGAAAAUUUCCCAUUUUGGCGCCGCUAGACAGAAUCCAAACUCCGCUGUGGCGCGUCACGCUAGCUAGCAUAUGUCUGGAGCGUCAUCCUCCUGUGUCCUCUCCUCACUAUGUCUGGC